GUCCACUCGUGGGCUGUGCGGAGGCGAGGGCUGCAGGCUCUGUGCUCCAAGCUCCAGGCGGCGGAAGCGACGCCUCCAAUCAGGCAGCGGGCUCGCGACCCUCCGCGCGACCAGCCAGCACUGCCCGCCCCGCGGACUGACUGACGCGCCGGCUCGCCUCCGCCCCCGCGCCUGUCUCCGCCUAGUCUACCCCGGCUGGGCUCAGGCUCCGCUGCGCUUGGCUGCAGCCCUUACCAGCCCUUUCCCUACCCGCGGCAGUUCCUGCGGCGGUCUAGCUCGCUAGGCAGCUAUAAGUGAUCUCCAAGGCAGGGCCAAGGAUGAAGUGCAAGCCUAACCAGACGCGGACCUACGACCCUGAAGGCUUCAAGAAGCGCGCUGCGUGCCUGUGCUUCCGCAGCGAGCGCGAGGAGGAGGUGUUGCUGGUGAGCAGCAGCCGCUACCCCGACCGCUGGAUCGUGCCGGGAGGGGGCAUGGAGCCCGAGGAGGAGCCGGACGGCGCGGCGGUGCGCGAGGUGUUUGAGGAGGCAGGAGUCAAGGGGAAGUUGGGCCGCCUCUUGGGCGUCUUUGAGCAGAACCAGGAUCGCAAGCACCGGACCUAUGUGUUCGUGCUCACCGUCACCGAGCUGCUGGAGGAUUGGGAAGACUCGGUCAGCAUCGGCAGGAAGCGAGAGUGGUUCAAGAUCGAGGAUGCUAUCAAGGUCCUGCAGUGCCACAAGCCCGUGCAUGCCGAGUACCUGGAGAGACUGAAGCUGGGCGGCUCCCCUACCAACGGGAACUCAGCCACCCCAUCCCUGCCGGAGAGCGAGCCCUAGUGAAUGGAAUAAAUGUUGUUCAGAUUUACUUUGAAAGAAUCAAGUAUGUGAAUCCAAUGAUGAAUGGAAUUGUGAAGCACAGGUGAGCUCUUUCACAUCCACAAGAACACAGCUCAUCCUAUGCUUUUGGACACUUUUCCUGUUAACAAUGGCUAUUCUUCAGGUUGUUGCACUACCACUGUAUCUGUACAGAAUUCUAUUUGGCACCUGUGGCCUUUUUGUGCUUUUUGUCUGUACUUCCCAUCAGAUAUGACUGUGAAUGCAAAGAACUUGCUUUCUUAGUCUUUUUAUAUCUAGCAUACAUUACUUGGUGUAUGGUAGGCAUCACUGAAUAUUUGUUUAAUAUUUUGUAAUGAUAACGAAUGGUGAAACAUCCCUCUUCUAAUCUCUCUAGCAUAUAUGUGGCUUUUGUAUAUCAGGUAUCACACAACUAUUUCAAGGCAGCUGUGAGAUAGUAGCAAAAAUUCUUAUUCAUAUGUCUGUGUUAUCCCAGACAUUAUGUACCUCUUACAUUUGCCAAAUUUUUGAACCUAAAUUUAACUGUGCCUCUAGACAUAACUUCUCCUCUAUAGAAAAUACAGGAGACAGAGAAACAGUUUACUGUAUAUCAAACAGAUGAGAGUCAUAGAAUCCUGACUUCAAGAAAACACAGGACAGAUGAUCCAGUUUCUUCAUUAUGUAAGUCACAAGGAUAAAAGGAAAAGGUAGAGGCUGAACCUGUGGUCUGAGAAAGGUUUCAGAGAGUGUUUGUAAUUGUAUGGCUCUUUUUGGGAUCGUGAUUUGAUCAAAGUAUAAGAUGAGUGAAUGUAUCAGACAGAAUAGUUGAACAUUAGCUGGAUAUUUUCACAUUGAUUAUUAUAAUACGGUUGUUAUAUUGGAAUCAAGAAUUCUUAUCUGCAUUCAAAUAUUUAUAGUUGAAGUGAUAUAAUGUCUGGGAUUUGCUUCAAAAUACGUCUAGAUAAUAAAUACACUGGACAUACUCAAACAAGAUUGGCCUUUAAGAUUGUUGAAGCUGACUGAUGAUUAAAUGAUGUUCAUUAUAUAUGUUCAUCUCUGCUUUUGUAUGUUUGACAUUUUCCAUAAUAAAAGGUUAGUCAAAACCAUUGGAAAUGUUGGCA